UGGUCUAAAGCUUUGAUUAAGACUUUUCUGUUCAGGAUUGAUUUUGUCAUUACAGCUGACUGUCAAACCUUCAGAAGAAUUGUUUUAUAAGCAGUUUGUGGUUGAAGAUGAAGCUGAAACUGAUGAAGUUGAGCAGUUCAACAGACCAUCAGGUUAUUUUUGAUUUAGUCCUGAUGGUGGCGUUCAUCCUCAGGAACAUAAAUAUUCAUAUUUAUCUGUUAAAGACACACACCAUGAGACCUCUGAUAUUUACACAUAUCAAUGUUUAUUAGUGUCGCCGUUAUAUUCAUGUCUGAGAAUGAUGUUUCACAACAACAUCAGAAGCAGAUCCUUCAGCUGAUGCUUUUAAUUUGACAGACAUCCCAGGACGCUGCUCUUAUUUUUGAAAGUGCUGUCAGAGGGGUUUUAAAUGUCAGACAUAAAAAUAAACACAGCUGAGAUCAGUGUUAAAUUUAAGGUGGACUGACAUGUUUCUGUCUGGGCUUUUAUUUUGUCUGUUGAACGUUGUCAUGCCUGAAAUAAAACUGACUUCAGUGGACUAUGAGAUUUUUGGGAAUGUACAGGGUGUUUGCUUCAGAAUGUACACGGAGGAUCAUGGCCGGAGUCUGGGUCUGAGUGGCUGGGUGAAGAACACCAGACAGGGCACUGUGAUUGGUCAAAUCCAGGGACCUACAGGCAAAGUCAACGAUAUGAAGCUCUGGCUGAAGAACGUUGGCAGUCCAUGUUCUCGUAUUGAUCGAGCCGUUUUCUCCAACGAGCGAGAAAUUUCAAAAUUGGAGAUCCACGGCUUCUCUACUCGCCACUAAGCACACUCAGACACCUCUGAGGUCACAUCAUGAAUAACAUCACAUCUGUGAUAAGCUGAUUACUCACCCUGAAAGUUAAUAUAUCUAUUUGUCAGGUAACAGAACAUGAAACAUUAGUUGUGUUGAUUAUUGAUUAUUUCAGUAUCAGUAAAUCCACCUCCCUCUGUUCCUCUGGUGUUUGUCUGUGCAGUGUUUUCUGAUUUAUUAAAACCUACUUUUAAUCAUU